ACUCAUUUCUGCAAAAAAGUUAGGGCUCCAACUUCCAAGAAAAUGGACGGUGAUAGAGGAGGAUUUGGUGAUAUCGGUGGUGGUAUAGGCGCUGGGGGUCAACAAGACAAGGGCCAAAAUAAGCGGAUGGACAGUGAUAGCGGAGACGUUGAUGGUGUAGGGUGUGGCGGUGCCGGAGGUAUUGGUGCUGGAGGAAACCGAGGCAAGAAAGGUUUAAAUCCUUAUAAGCAUGUGGCGGCAGAUAUAAGAAAAGAACGUCUUCCCCCACAAGAUGAUUUGCCUCCUCCACCACUAAGGCGUUUCGACGAUGGGAGCCAGCUCCUUUUUGAUUGGCGUCGGAUACACCCAUCUUUGCUUUCUCGUAUUGUUAGUCAAAUCACGGAUAUCUGCUGGGCUCUGGUUCUUGGUGGGAUUCUUCAGUUCGUCUUUAAUAAGGACCGUGGUCACAUUGCUCAGCACAAAGAAUUUGAUAUAGACGGUUUUUCAAAAAAGGUGAAAUUCGGAGAUAAAGGAAAUGAACCUGUUCAGAAUAUUGGUGUAACUAGCAUGGCUGUGUCAUCAUUGAAAAACGCAAUGAACCAUGUGCGUUCUGAAGGAAUAGAGAAAAAGAAUGACAGGAAGAAACCGAAGACAUUCAUGUUAAAGGGUUCCUUUCUUCCAUUGAGAGAUACCACACCACAAACCAUCAUUCAGUUGAUGGAAAGUAAAGGUCCAGUAGGUCUUACUCUCGAUUUGACUUGUCCACUUCUAGAGCUUACAGAUGGUAUUUACACGAUCCCCACUCCAGUAGAUGGAAUGGGGAGACACGUUGUCACAAUUUUGGCUCAUGGGUUAACCUUAGCGGGAGAUGUAUUCUUUGAGGUGCAAAACACGUGGGGGACACAUUGGGGAGUCAACGGUUAUGGGAGAAUCAUCAUCCCAGAAACUACCAAUGAUGCGUUUUACCUCGAUGAGAUUCUUGACCAGAAAAAGAAGAAGAAGUAAUUAAGAACAAAGUCGGUUCGGAUGAGAUGUUUACCUGUUAGUCAGCGUGAAAGACUUAUUCCACUUUUUUCCUUAAUUUUUGGUCUUGUCUAAAUUCCAUCUUUUAGAACAC